CCCGGCGUCGGCGUCGUAUCGACGUCCAAAACAGACGUUCACAAGAUACGCAACGCGGCAAAGCAGUAGUGCUUUGGCCUUUGCCUGGGUUAGCUAUCGGGGAAAACUCCGAUGAGAGAUGUGAAGUUUCGUCUUGCGUGAAACGCACAAUUUUCUUUGUAGGCAUUUAGGACAUGACGCUCAAACUGUGACUAGCAAAAUCAUCCAAGUCAAUUAAGUCAAAUUAAUCCUGUCGUUUGCUGUUAACCGUUGUAAUCAAAAAACAUAAUUCGAAGCUCCUCAACUUUGACGUUCGAGCUGUUGAAGUUAAUCAAAAUUCUUAGCACGUAUCAAGCUGAGAAGAUCACGUCUAGUUCGAGGUGACACACGUCCUGACGUCAGUCGAAUGGAAUCAUAAUAAACACGAUAUCACCAACCGAGGGCGUGUUACCCUAUUUCAUUCGCUAUGGCUGUUUAGACCUUGACAUGCCUCCAAACGAAGAACUACAAGAAUCGAUUUCGCCCACAAACAAAACUUUAUCAAUAAUGUGAAAAAAGAACGGAUCAUCGCCACUUCUGGAGCUAAUAAAGCUGAUAAUCUUCCUUGCAACAUUCGAAAGAAACAUCAACCAUUCAAUCCUUAAAAUACUUCUUCCAGUUCGUCAAGAACGCCAUCAAGCUGAAGCACCAACAAGAAUACGAUCUCCUCAUAGUCGAUUGCGACACUUUGAUGGAGAAUACAGAAACCGAGGAACAGGGUUGGAUGCCUAGUCCUGCGGAGGACGAAUCGGGAUGGAACUGCAGCGUCCACCCGAGCGUGUUUUUCUUGUUGGGGACGCUCCUGUUGACAACCUGCGCCACAGGGAUGUUAUGCGCUGCCAUUAUGACCGACCAUUGGGAGGAGGUUACGUGGGACCGCACAGCUCUGGAACAUUUGGCCAAUAGUUCAGUCAGGUUGCGAUGGCUCUUGGACGGGAUCGUUGCCAGAGUUUCCACCAAUGAUGAUCGGGACAAGAUCCUAGCUUUUCUUGUUCCUAUGCACGGAGGAAUCUGGACGCUGUGUGUAAGCCUCACUGAGGAAGAAAUAACAUUACUGGGUCGAGUAGGAUUUCCAGCAGUCCAGCCCUGCGUCAACUAUCUUUCAGGGGGCAUCGACGGAGUCAAAGGGUACGAACCUCGAGGAGAUUGGCAACACAGAAUGCAAAACUUAUCAAUAUCCUGCGCCCUAGUCUGCCUAAUAGUUUUAGGAAGUGCAGCCCUUGUCGGCGCUUUCGGCGUAUUCCAGCACCAAAUCAGCGCAGUCUUAGUCACAGGAGUCAUGUAUUUAUUGGCUGGAUCAUUUGCACUUUUCACGUUAACAAUAAUACACUUCAAGAGGUUACACAGUAAACCUGGUGGUAUGGAUUCUGAUGGAACCGCAGAUGGGGUGGUCAGCCCAAUGGGUGGAAGAGGGGUGACUGAACUGCUUCCUGCCCGCAUUUUUACGACCUCAUGGUCGUUAGAUCUGGGAUGGGGAGGUGUCAUGUUAUGCGUAAUGACAUCCGUUUUGUGGAUUUUAUUAUCGAAAAUAAUGAGGUUUAACCCCAUAUCCAGCAUGAUUAACUGAGCAAUAACGGUUAAUUAUAAUCAGUAGCUUUAAUGGGGUCAUUUUAUACUGUCACUUCAUCGACUCAAAUUUUAUACUUCAUUAAUUUACAUUAACUUAGAAAAUAACUACUGAUUACAAUAAUCUUUGAUAAAUGUGUACAAAAGUACGGAAAUGAGAAACACGACAACAUUCUCACUGUCUAUACUUAAAAAUUCAAAAAACCGUCUCCAUCGCAAAAAUGCUUGCAUUAAAAGUAUAAUCAACAAAUGUGGUUUUGUAAUGAAUGUCCAUAUACAUUGCUGAUUUCUGCAUUCAGAAUUAUAGACGUAAAAUGACGCAAAGCUAAGAAGCCGUCCAAGCAAUCUAAUAUAAAAAAACUGGCCAUCGAUGGACCUGCUUCUUAUCGAAUAAACAUCAAUCAAAAAUCCCUGAAAAUAAUUGUUAGCAAGCUACUUAUUGCAAUUGUUGUUGAUAUUUUUCAUUAUCAAUUUUAACUAAUUCUAACAAAUUUUAUACACUUUUGGCAUACAAAACGGGAGCAAUAAAGUAACAAAUUGAGGUUAGGUUGACCUAACCAAAUCGCGCAAUACCUGCCUUCAAGAAUGCCUGCAUAUAUUUAAAAUUUAAAACGUAUAUUUUUUACUGUUGGAGUUGCUUGCCUUUGCUCGCUUUUGUAUCAUUAAAGCCUCGUUGUAUAUAUUUUGCAAAAUAAAUAUUUUCAAUGUUACCAUAACCUAACUUUCAUUCCACACACGAUCUCAGCUACUCGUCUUACCUUCUAU